GAUGCCAGAUACGAUAGCAUGAUGUCCGAGCAAUUUACCCAGGGCCGAGCGACUUCCAGUUUGCGGGAAUCUUCAUCGCCCGAAAUGGCGACCGAUCAGAAGAAGGGCCGAUUGACUGAGGCGAAGACCUGCAAAGCCUGUGACCAGUGCAGGAACCGGAAAGUUCGCUGCAUUAUGGAUCCCCAGCAACGCUCGAGAUGCAUCCACUGUAUUAAACGCAACGAGACCUGUCAUUUCACCCAGACCAAACGUAAGCUGAGAUCAAAAGCACCGCAGACCAGCAGGUAUCAUACAACCAGUCGACACCACAUACCGCUCGUCAACUCCUGGGCCGAAGAAGCCUGCAUUCAACCGACUCUUUCAUCUCUGUUUCUGGACCAGAUAUUGGAAAAUAAAGGUCGCAGUAGCAUUCUGAGGGAUAACUUUGCUUUGCUAAGGGCGUCCGAUCAUGAUGUGACUAGUUCCAGCCUUGCCUUCUUCACGGAGCACCGAAUAAACUCUCUGUCGCACCGGUUGGGCAAUGACCGACUCAGGGAGCUGGUUGAGAACAUCGAAUCCGUCAUUCGAUCGCGACUUCUUGCCGAGGGUCCGUCCUCGAUUUCACACAUCACUUUUGGAAAGCCGUCUGAUACAGAGGACGUUUCGCUGGAAAAUGUCAGGCUCUACGUCAAUACUUACUUCCAUCAACUGCAUCCGAUUUACCCUUUCCUCGAUCGUCAAAAGUUCGAGGAUAAGGUGUUCGGGCCCAACCUGUCUGAAACUCUGGCAUCCAGCUGUGCUUUCUCGGCUCUGUAUCACACAAUAUUGGCUCUAGGAUGCCAGUACCAUGAAGGCGGGGCCUUUGACCCAGGUAAUGGCAGGGCGUGGAAGCUUUUCCAAGUUUCUUUGGGUCUCGUGUCGGAUAUAUUGAUUCCCAGGGAGGCCUUAAUGAGUCUUCAAGCUUUGGUUGCCAUGUCAAUCUUCGCCACGACUACUUGCUGUCUUCAGAUCGACGAAAUCUUGCUGAUGGAAGCUGCCCGAAUGGCUCAAAGCCUUGGAUACCAUCGAGCACUGAGCAACGGGGACCAGCGGUACAAGACACCUAUGAUUCCCGACCAUGACAUCGGCUGUCCUGUCCCCGAUGUCCCAGAAUCCGUCUUUGAAGGACAUAACUGGUUCUUAUCGGCCAUCAGCUUCGGGAGAAUUCUCUCACUUGCAUAUACCUCCCUCUUUUCAGUGAGUGCUGCAAUUCAACCUCCAGAGUCGUAUUAUGCGGCGAUCCAGAAUAUUGAAGCUCGGUUGGAGCGAUGGCGAUCCGCACUACCAGAGCACUAUCGUCCUGGUAGGCUGUCUCAGUCUCACAAGCCGCACGUGGCCCCCUGUUCUUCAUCUUCCUUCACUCAGCCGAGUUUUAAGACGGUUGUACUCCGAACCAAGUUCUCGUACUAUGGUUUGAUCAUCGCUCUGGCAAGACUUAAGAUUUAUAUAGGUCGACAAGAUCAGUCUCCAUUGCAGGAGAAGACCAGGCGACUGCUGAUGGAUACAGCAAGAGCCGUUGUGGAGGACAGCAAGAACAUCGACAUAGCUGCCUAUACGCCGCUUUUCAUUCUGGCCAUUCUACCACUUGGAGCAUUAUUCAUUCUAUUUGACUUUGUCAUCCACAACCCGAUGCAUCCGGAAACCCUCAACAAUCUCUCACUGCUGGAUGUCGCAGCUGGGCAUUUUAGUCUACUGGAGUACAAGUCUGGGGGUUUUGUGCCCGCGUCGCUUCUGACCGAAUUCGCUCACAUCGCAAGACAGUAUAUCAGGGAUUAUGGCAGAAACCAACCUCAGCACCAGCAACAAGAAGAGGCAGAGGUGCAGGAAAGGGAAGACGAGGAAAGAGGUGCAGAAUCGUGCGAAAUAGGCUCCUCUAACGUUGAAUCUACAUUAGCUUUCGAGGAUUCUGGGCAGUUGGCUCAAACAAACAACCCCAGCAGUAUUAAUGAUGUCCGCUUGCAAGAUGACAUUAUGGAGUUUUGGGAUCCAAGUGACUAUCUUCACUACCCUGUGACGGCGGACACCACGGUGCAUGGCAGCAUGCCCGAGAACAUGAUGGCGGCAUCCUUCAAUAUACAAAGCUUGUUUGGUUUUGUAGUUCCGGAAUUCGGACAUGAUCUCUGAAUACGAACUAUCGAGGAGAAACGUCUAGGGAACGGAACAUGUCCCAUAUUGGCCACCACUGUUGUUCGCCCUCCUCCCACCAACUCUUCGCCUGCCACUUGAGAGGUCAGGGGAACUACUUUUACAGCAGCAGGAAUCAGCUGGUGGCAUGAGACUAUCGAAAGAUUAUGAUCAAUAAACAUUUAGAGAUCCCACUUUGCAAUAGGGGUUCGGCGAUUAACUCCCACGACCCAUUCAUCCGCGGGAUCCAUCUAUACGAAUACGAACGGAGGACUGCCCUGCUUUCGAGACUUUGGAAUUAGAUAAGAGCUUUUAUGUAGAAUUUUGGAUGAAGGCAAACCAAUUCAGCAGGUGAUACAACCUGAUGAUUCG